GUGUCCCCUGGUCGGGUUGUUGAAGUCAAGAUGGCUGUAAACACCAAACGGAGACUAGAGCAUGAAAUAGGCCUUAAAUGAAGUUACUUAUUCAAUAAAAUCGUCCACCAACGCCAAGAUCAUUUAGCAGAAACAUAACGUUUUGCUGAACAUUUAUCCAACCUGUAGAGGAAGUGUUCAUUCAUACAGAUACACAGGAUCACGAGCAACUGCGGGAUAAAGUCUCGUAUGAAUUCCGACGAGAGGGACUGUGAGUGUGCGCCACCACAGGCCGAGACAUCCCCUGCAGGAGGAUACCACAGGUCGGCAUGGAUAUAAAUAGAGUGUCGUGGUUGGGGGAGCAAUGCAUGUUUUGUAUCGUAGCAAUGAAAUGUUUCCCAACUUGUGGUUUCUGGCUAGCUAGCUAUGUGACUGAAAUGUAAAAUGAAGUGAAAGUGCAACUGUCCUGCAGAUUUCCAGGUAGGUAGCUAGGUAACUAGUUAACGUAGCCAUCUACCUUAGAUAGGCCUGAAAAGUGAAUUUAGCAACCCCUAGUUGGAUAGCUAGUUAUUAACAUAACUGUUAGGUAGCUAGUUCGUUUGCUGUUCUGAUUUCACGUUAGCGUACAGCUACGACGAGGUAUUGCAGAAUUGUAACUAUGUUACCGAAAAUAUUAGCUAGUUAGCUCACUAUUGUAUUAUCAGCUGUCUAUCACCUGAACGAAUUUGCCGGCUAGUCGAAAAGCUAGUUAGCAAGCAAGCUGCACUGUCAUCACUCUGUCUGCGUUAGCUAACUAGCUACUAGCUAGUUAGCCAACGUUAACUACUUGUGUUGGUCUUUGGCUAGAUUUAUAUUCACUGUUCCUAUAGCCAUUUCAUCAUCAGUCAGGAGUUUGUUUACAUUAACGUAAGAUUAAAUAGCGUUCGCUUGCUGUUAGCCACAAUAACUAUCUUAACUACAUUUACAUUACAUUUUAGUCAUUUAGCAGACGCUCUUAUCCAGAGCGACUUACAGGAGCAAUUAGGGUUAAGUGCCUUGCUCAAGGGCACAUUUACGUCAUUUAGCAGACGCUCUUAUCCAGAGCGACUCACCAAUUGGUGCGUUCACCCUAUAGCCAGUGGGAUAACCACUUUACAAUUUUUUUUGGGGGGGGUAGAAGGAUUACUUUAUCCUAUCCCAGGUAAUCCUUAAAGAGGUGGGGUUUCAAAUGUCUCCGGAAGUUGGUGAGUGAGGGAGCUGUCCUGGCGUCGUGAGGGAGCUUGUUCCACCAUUGGGGUGCCAGAGCAGUGAACAGUUUUGACUGGGCUGAGCGGGAGCUAUGCUUCCGCAGAGGAAGGGGAGCCAGCAGGCCAGAGGUGGAUGAACGCAAUGCCCUCGUUUGGGUGUAGGGACUGAUCAGAGCCCGAAGGUACAGAGGUGCCGUUCCCCUCACUGCUCCAUAGGCAAGCACCAUGGUCUUGUAGCGGAUGCGAGCUUCAACUGGAAGCCAGUGGAGUGUGCGGAGGAGGGGGGUGACGUGAGAGAACUUGGGAAGGUUGAACACCAGACGGGCUGCGGCAUUCUGGAUGAGUUGUAGGGGUUUAAUGGCACAGGCAGGGAGGCCAGCCAACAGCGAGUUGCAGUAGUCCAGACGGGAGAUGACAAGUGCCUGGAUUAGGACCUGUGCCGCUUCCUGUGUAAGGCAGGGUCGUACUCUCCGAAUGUUGUAGAGCAUGAACCUGCAGGAGCGGGUCACCGCCUUGAUGUUGGCGGAGAACGACAGGGUGUUGUCCAGGGUCACGCCUAGGCUCUUCGCACUCUGGGAGGAGGACACAGCGGAGUUGUCAACCGUGAUGGCGAGAUCAUGGAACGGGCAGUCCUUCCCCGGGAGGAAGAGCAGCUCCGUCUUGCCAGGGUUCAGCUUGAGGUGGUGAUCCGUCAUCCAUACUGAUAUGUCUGCCAGACAUGCAGAGAUGCGAUUCGCCACCUGGCUAGCUAACGUCGUUCAAUUCGUUUCACGCUCUAGACAAGCUAGUUAAUUUCUCUGCUAUAGCUAGCUGUAGUAGGUAGGCUAGAUGGUUCUGUCAACAGAUUAAGCUACAUAUUCCUGACAUGCUAUUGAUGUAUUUGUUUGUUUAGAAUACAAGAGGAGUCUGACAUAGAAAACCCUGAAGCAAGCCGAAUGUAAGUUUAUUUUAAGUUGUCAGUCAUGUCAUUCUGUGAUUAACAUAGCUAGCUACAGUAAGUUAAUUUAGUCAAUCACCAUGUUCUAUCUAUGGAAUGCUAAUAUUUAAUGUCUCCCUCCUUUCACUAACCAAUGAAUGUCCACCACCAUUCUGUCAAUGUGUCUCCAUCCAUGCACCUUUUAAAUUAAUCAUUUUCCUAUUUGGCUUCCACACACCAUCCCUCCUGCAUAGUCUGCUGAUUGUAGCAGGCACACAGUGGAUGCUGUGUCCCCAAGUUCCCAUUGAAAAUGGAAGUCUACAUUCUUGAAUGUCUAGGGGCUUACCUCUUUUCCAAUGUAGAAACAUUGAUAUUUAUAUAUGACGUUAAGUUCCCUUUUUUAAUGUUUAUCACUUUGUGGAUGUUGACAUGACUGAUUUCAGUGCUGUUUUGAUUGAGACUCCCAGCCAUGAGUUUCAUAGCUCUUCAAGCUUCCAAUUUGAACGGUCUCUCCAAUGCAGGAAGCGAGCAGCCGCCAAGCAUCUAAUAGAGCGCUACUACCACCAGUUAACGGAGGGCUGUGGAAAUGACUCGUGCUCGAACGCGUGGUGCGCUUCGUCCCAGGGCUUCCGCCGCUUGGACAACAAUGCAGCCGCCGUCAAGGCCCUGGAGCUGUACAAGAGCAAUGCCAGACUGUGCGACCUGCACCCCUCCAAGAAAGGCACCACAAUGAACCAUUGUGUAAAGGAUGACUUCAAAGGUGUGUUGGCAUCAGUGACUCAUUCGUGCAUUAGUACUUUUCGGAGUAUUUCAAUUGUUGUGCAGAAUUUCAGAAUCAGACCGUCGAUCUUGACUGAACACUGAAAUAGUUAACUUUUUAGCCGUAAUUGGAUAUUUUAUGUGUUGCGUUAAUGAACUGUAUUUCUUUGAUGUGUUUCCAGAUGUGAAUUACCUAACAGAGGAGAAAGUGUAUGAGAUCCUACACAUCUGUGCGGAGAAGGAGGACUACUCCCCUCUGAUCCGGGUCAUAGGACGGGUGUUCUCCAGCGCAGAGGGCCUGGUGCAGAGCUUCCGCCUGUCCAAACCACCCACCAAGGAGGAGCUCAAGUCCCUCCAGAGCAAGGACGAGGACAAAGACGAGGACGAGGAGGAAGCUGCUGCUAUGGAGGAGGACUCGCCCGGCUCCUCAUCCCGGUUAGACGGUGCUGCCUCGGGGGACAACGAUGUGGGCAAGCUGGGUCCUGACGAGGUGUCUGUGGACAUCGACGCGGUCAGGAGGGUCUACCAGAGACUGCUGUCCAAUGAUAAGAUCGAAGCUGCCUUCCUCAACGCGCUGGUCUACCUGUCGCCCAACGUGGAAUGUGACCUGACUUACCACAACGUCUACUCCCGGGACCCCAACUACCUGAACUUGUUUGUGGUGGUGAUGGAGAACAGUAACCUCCACAGCCCAGACUACCUGGAGAUCGCCCUGCCCCAGUUCUGCAGGGCCAUGAGCAAGCUGCCCCUGCCCGCGCUGGCCAAGCUGGCCCGCCUGUGGUCUCACUACAGUGCGGAGCGCAUCCACCGCAUAAUGGAGACCUUCCAGCAGCUCAUCACCUACAAGGUAGCUAGAUUAUUUUGGUAUUUAGUAUUAUUUUCCUCUUUUAUUAUGCCUACGUAGAGCUAUUAGAUUCCUCUGUAAUGAAAAGCACUAUAAAAUGAAAUGUAUGGUUAUCAUUAUUAAGGUAGAUUCUUUAUACAUUUUCACUUUUCCAAAUUAAAUAUAGUAUUAUUUUCAAUUACUAAGGUGGUCAGCAACGAGUUCAACAGCCGCAACCUGGUGAACGACGACGAUGCGGUGGUGGCUGCCACCAAGUGCUUGAAGAUCAUCUACUAUGCCAACGUGCUGGGAGGGGAGGUGGACACGGAGCACAACGAAGAGGAGGAUGACGAGCCCAUCCCUGAGUCCAGCGAGUUGACGCUGCAGGAGCUGCUGGGGGAGGAGAGGAGGAACAAGAAGGGCCCCCGGGUGGACCCCCUGGAGACAGAGUUGACCAUCCGGACGUCCGACAGCCGGCGGCCCCUCAUCCCCUUCGAGGAGUUUGUCAACGAGCCCUUGAAUGAAGUCCUAGAGAUGGACAAGGACUACACGUUCUUUAAAGUGGAGACGGAGAACAAGUUCUCCUUCAUGACGUGUCCGUUCAUCCUCAACGCCGUGACCAAGAACCUGGGCCUGUACUACGACAACCGCAUCCGCAUGUACAGCGAGCGACGCAUCACAGUACUCUACAGCCUGGUGCAGGGACAGCAGCUCAACCCCUACCUGAGGCUUAAAGUACGCCGAGACCACAUCAUCGAUGACGCCCUCGUCAGGGUAAGUCCAAGGCCCCGUUUAGUGUCUCCCACUCCGAAGUGUGCAGUUGUUUCGUCUACUCAAGGAUUUAAAAGCAUUGGAGUGGUGUUUGUACUGACUGGAGAGAGUGUCCACUAUAUUCCUCACACUAGUCUUAGCCCUUUCUUUUCAUUCCAUUCUUCCUGUUAGCUUGAGAUGAUCGCCAUGGAGAAUCCUGCAGACUUGAAGAAGCAGCUGUAUGUGGAGUUUGAAGGAGAGCAAGGUGUAGAUGAAGGAGGGGUUUCCAAAGAGUUCUUUCAGCUUGUCGUGGAGGAGAUCUUCAACCCAGAUAUUGGUGAGAAACAAGAGUUGUCAGUCAGUCGGUCGAAACAUAGCUGAACUCUCACUGUGAGACUGGGAUUGGAUGUGGUUGGUUUGUGUUGCUGUUGUGUUUUUAUAAAUGUCCUCGUCGUUACUACAGUGGAUGUGGUUGGUUUGUGUUGCUGUUGUGUUUUUAUAAAUGUCCUCGUCGUUACUACAGUGGAUGUGGUUGGUUAGUGUUGGAUAUUGUAAAGGUUGUUCCUUGUCUUUAACACAGCUUCCUUCUCCUCCUCAGGAAUGUUUGCGUACGACGAGCGCACCAAGAUGUUCUGGUUCAACCCAUCCUCGUUUGAGAACGAGGGUCAGUUCACGCUGAUCGGCAUCGUCCUGGGCCUGGCCAUCUACAACAACUGCAUCCUGGACGUUCACUUCCCAAUGGUGGUCUACAGAAAGCUCAUGGGCAAGAAAGGAACCUUCCGGGACCUCGCAGACUCCAAUCCGGUUAGUAUUUGAAGUCCUGUUUAUGAAUUAAAUGAGUUUAAUGAUAUUGAAACCCCAGAGUGGUAUUUAGAGCUUUGUGCUGAGACAUGGCUGUCGACUCCUAUGGCGUUACAUAAUAUAUUACUUAGCAAUUUCUUUCAGGGCAAUAUAGACCUUAACAGCUAGAUACCAUUGAAAUUGUGGUAUGUACGAAGGUAGACAACGGAGAGUGUUAUUGAUAGCGUGUUGCUGUCUGCUCUCCCCUGUGUCCUGUCCUGUUCUGUGUGCAGGUUCUGCACCAGAGUCUGAAGGAGCUGUUAGAGUACGAGGGUAGUGUGGAGGAGGACAUGAUGAUCACCUUCCAGAUAUCCCAGACGGACCUGUUCGGAAACCCCCUCAUGUACGACUUAAGGGAAAAUGGGGAUACAAUUCCAGUCACCAAUGAGAACAGAAAAGUGAGUUUCAAGAAUUUGUGAAGAAAAUUAUUUCAUUCUAAAUCAUGCUUUUAGACAUUGAAUUAUUAGUGUUUUUUCUAUUUUAGAUGUAACUUAUUUGACCAGUGGGGUUGAAUAGAGUAUAAGGUAGCGUCCAGAGAAUCAUACCGUUGUUUCAUCUUGUGGUCUGCAGGAGUUUGUAGCUCAGUAUGCAGAGUACAUGCUGAAUAAGAGCGUGGAGAAGCAGUUCAAAGCCUUCAGAAGAGGUUUUCACAUGGUCACCAACGAGUCCCCGCUGAAAUAUUUAUUCCGGCCGGAGGAAAUCGAGCUGCUCAUCUGUGGAAGCAGGGUAAGCUGUAGAAAAUAGAUGUAUUUUUAUUUUGUGUUUUUUAAUAUGAUUUUAACUCACCAUAAUGUCUCUGGCACAUAGAACCUAGACUUUCAAGCACUUGAAGAAACCACAGAAUACGAUGGGGGCUACAGCAGAGAUUCACGCAUUAUUAAGUAAGGAAUUGCUUUAUUUUAGGUGUGUGAAAGGACAGUCCAAACAUUUUUGAAAUUCAACUAUUUGAACUGCUGCUGAUAUCCGGGACAGUGACCAAAUCCCUGAAUAUGACACUAAUAUAAAGCAUUGUCUGUACUUGACCAACCAGAGAGUUCUGGGAGACGUUGCACUCGUUUGCUGAGGAGCAGAAGAGGCUGUUCCUGCAGUUCACCACGGGCACAGACAGAGCCCCUGUCGGAGGCCUGGGCAAGCUCAAGAUGAUCAUCGCCAAGAACGGCUCCGACACAGACAGGUGAGGACAUCUUCCUUCUGCAGGCCCACAGAGAUCACACUCACAUCAGUUUGGAAACAUGCAACUAGCAAAUGUGUCAUGUGUGAUAUAUAUUUUUUUAAAUCUAACCAUGUACUUUCAAUGCAUUUGGUUUUAGGGGAAAUUGAUGACUUGGCUUCAGAUUACAGUGGAACAUCAGGGUAAUCCCAUACCAAAUGAAUGGCCUUUGACCCCUUCCCUCUCUGCCCCUUUCUGCAGGUUACCCACAUCUCACACCUGCUUUAACGUGCUGCUGCUCCCGGAGUACGACACCAAGGAGAAGCUGAGAGAGAGACUGCUCAAAGCCAUCCUCUAUGCCAAAGGGUUUGGCAUGCUCUAGUCUGAGGCCAUGGCUGCCACACUGCAAAAGGACUCCUUUUCACAAUCUCCUCCUUCACCCAUAUCAGAAAAAAACAAUACGAAAGAAAGAAGACCAACCAACACAAAAUCAUUUAAGAUUCGAGAUGAGAAAAUCAGAAAAUAAACACAGUGGUUGAUAUAAAGGUAGAGUGCUCUAGUAGUCCAGUUUGUCCGUGCCUGCUUCCCGAUCUCUUGGAGCAGCUUCAUUGAACUUCAUGUGAUCAAACGUACGUUUCCUUUCCCACGUUGUGUGAAUGUGUUCCGAAUGCAUCCCGUAUUUUAUUUUUUUAUGUACAGAGAGGAUUUUUUCCCUUACUAUUUAUUUUAAGGUUGAAAUUGGUUAUUUUGAUCCUUGACUGGAUUAACACCUUUUUUUGGUGGUAAAGAGGAGGGCUGGGAUUAUUUAAUAAUAUGGAUUGGGACAAUGAAAAUGUAAGAAGCCAUUUGUAAGAGAAGAAAAGGCUGCAUCCAUUCAUGCUUUGCAGUCCCCAUCUCUGUUACUUUGCGAUCGCCUAAACCUUGUUGGGUUGUGUCCCUGUAGUCAGAAGCUGGUGUGACUAGGGAAACCGUGAGCUCUUGGAGUUAAUAUGAUGUCCUGCCCCCCCACCUUCCAUAUUAUUUUGCCUCUCGAACCAGACUCAGUUUUUCAUGGAAGUGUUUGGAACUUCAUUCAGACAGCAUCUUCAGAAAAUGUUUACCAAGAGCAGUCCUAAAUGACACCCUAUUCCCCAUAUAGUGUUCUACUUUCGACUAGGGCCCAUUAGUGUGCCAUUUGGGGGGGACACCAUUAUUUUCACCAUUGGGAGCACUGAGAGUAGACUGAAACUUUGCCUGAGCUGUUGUAAGUGCACUUAGACAUUUUCAGAAUGUUUGGUUUUUUGGCCACAAGUGUACAUGAUUGUUCUCAAAGCAUUAUUUUCUAAAGUCUUCCCAUGUUGCCCUUGUGUAACCAGUAUUAUAUUGUAAUCCUCAGUACAUUUAUAUAAUCAGAAUGGCAUUUAUUCUGGAUGUCUCCACAUCAAGAAGACCAACCCCAAAUAUGUCCCAGGUUUAGCUAGAGUAUCUUCCUUUAGAACCAAAUCUAGAAGAUUUGUCUCUGUGUAGAAAAUAACUUACGACAGCCCUUUUAAAUUUUGAUUUGGCAAAGCUCGCUGCGAAUUCCCUCAGCACUGGCACAGUAAACAGUUUCUUUGUCUUUUAGUUUCUGGACAGUUCGAUAGGGAUGUAAUCACUGCUUAGGAUUGUCAAUGGAUCCUGAAUCCUGAUGCGGUCUUCUUUCAGUCUGUCGAGGCGUAAGCAGUCAGCCAGCUCAGCUCACAGUAAUGCCACUAAACAACGGUGCUCAGGGCUGCUUGUGAAGAAGCUGCCCCAACAAAUACAUUUCAGAUGUUGUGCCCUGAGCCUUCCCCUCCUCCAUCGCUUUUUUGGGUUUCUGCUGUACCUCGUUUAUUUGUAUCUCUGUUUUGUACUGCUGAAGUUGCUGCUCACCUGAACAUGUAAAAGGACUCUAGGGCCCAGUGAAUGGAAAACGUUCACCCUGAUGAUCUUGGAAGGGAAGCAGUCAGUUUAUAGGUUGGUUUGAAUUAACGGUUACAUUUUUUAAAAAUUCUAUUGAUAAAAGGCUUAAAAUCAAGUGUUGUGAAAACAUGCUAAAUAAAAGUGACUGC